AUGCUCAAACGCCAAACGACAGAUGAGACACACUCCCCGGCGAGCGAUAUGAGUAUCAUGCCCAAACGUCAAAAGAUAGGCGAGACACACACUCCGCCAAGUGACAGAUUGGCCGCGCCCUCAGAAAAGCCCGGUUUCACAUUGAGAAUAUUAAACAUUUCUACGACGAUAUCUAAAGACCAAUUUUUGAAAAUCCUCAACAGCCUGCCCAGUGAAACCCCACCGAAUGAACAAAACGUGCUGGGGUGGUCGCUUACGCCAUCAGCAGUAUCUGCUGAUGCCUUAGCUAGAUCAUCCCAAGUGGCGACUGUAACAUUCCAUUCAGCUCCACCCAGCCUCCGAUACUCGCCGGUCUCAAGGACUCUCGAUCUGCUUGGAGACACCAUUGUAGAUUAUAAUUUUUUCGGUAUGACACCCUUAAGUAAUCCGGCAAGAGCAGUGGUUGAUAUUAUCGCUAUCACUGGCCUAGCAGGGCAUGCGUUUGGGUCAUGGAAAUCACGCAGUACCAACACCAUGUGGCUUAGGGAUUUGCUCCCAAAGCAUGCCCCCAAUGCCCGUAUCCUGACCUACGGCUAUGACUCAACCCUCCUGAAUAACAAAUCGAAUGCUUCCAUCCAUGAGUUCUCUGAAUUAUUUUUCCAAGCUCUUGCCACAGUAAGAGCUUCCGAAGAGGAGAAAUCUCGACCUAUUAUAUUUAUCGCUCACAGCCUUGGCGGCCUUGUGAUCAAACAUGUACUCUGUAACUAUCGAUCCGUACUAGUAUCUUGCGUUGCGCUUCUUCUCUUCGGAGUGCCCCACCAUGGCCUUAAUGUGGAAGCGCUCAUGUCCAUGGUGAAGGCUCAACCAAAUGCAAAACUACUUGAAGACCUCGAUGAGUCAUCAAGCUUUCUCAGCCUUCUUGAGCAAUUCUGGAAAUCACAGAAAACAGGCGGUAUCAAGAUUAUUUCGAUAUAUGAGACAAUGCCAACGCCAACUGUCGAGGAGACGGCACAGGGCUGGAAACGAAGCGGCCGAGAGGCUAUGAUGGUGAAAAAGCAUUCAGCGACCGCCGCUAGUAAAGACCUGGAAGAUACUUUCCCCAUCGAUCGUAACCAUUCCGAUUUAGUGAAAUUUGGGAAUCAAGAAUGUGAAUACUACAAGAUUGUUAAGAAAAGGAUAGACGACUUGGUCAAAGAUGUGCAAGAAGGACAAUGGGUCUCACUUGAAAGUACGAUACAUGUCUCAGUCAGCAGGAGUGGCUUCCGCAAAUUUAUCCAGGAACAUUUCUUGAAGGUGAAGCGUCAGGAGAUUUUGUGCUGGCUUUUGACAAUAGAGUUUAAAGAUCACCAUUCUUUCAAUCGCGAACGUCGUCAGCCAGGAAGUGGUAGCUGGCUCUUGGAAAAUGAUAUGUGGAAAAAGUGGGCUAAAGAGGAUGAAUCGUCAAUCCUUUGGCUGCGCGGUGAUGCUGGAUCCGGCAAAACCAUGUUGGCAUCCUACGUGAUCGACACCUUAAAGGUCGAAGCUGAGAGCAACGAUCACAUCCUUGCUUACUUUUACUGUGACUACAAGGAGCCGCGGCGCAGAGAACCAGUUCCAAUCCUUAAUACUAUCCUUAAACAGUUUUGCCUCAAGGUACCACCAAACCAAAACAAGAUACCGAAACCCAUCCUGGAUGAAUACAGGAAAAGAGAAAAUCAAGGUCACGUUUCUGGUGCUCUUAAUCUCAAUGAAUGUAAAGAUUUACUUCUCGCAUUAUCGAACUAUUACCUAAAAACCACUAUCAUCAUUGAUGCGCUGGACGAGUGUUAUUACAACACCCGAGGUGGCCUGCUCAAUACCUUGAAAUUCAUUGUGUCUAUGUCUCGGAGCAAAGUGAAGAUAUUUAUCGCCAGUCGAUAUCACGAUGAUAUUGAGAGAGCCUUCAGUGGAACAAUACAUUACUACCUCUGUGCAGAGGACAAUAAAAAAGACAUUGAGAGCUUCAUCGAGGAAGAAAUCGAUCGCCGCUGUGAGCCUGGAAAGCUCAGGGAUACUGAUCUGCCUUUACUUCUGGGUAAAGUCGUAACUCCAGAGCUUAGGAAGGAGGUUAUUUCCACCCUAAAGUCUAGGUCAUGCGGAAUGUUCCUGUGGGCGCAACUACAGAUCGUAGCCCUGUGCAAAGAAAGAACGUAUAAUGGUGUUAGAAAGGCUCUGCAAGAGCUUCCGGAAACAUUGACCGAGACAUACAAUCGCAUGCUUCAUCCGGACUACAGUGUGCAUUCCGAUCGAGAUCGUCUUCAGCGACAGCACAUUCUCAGAUUCUUAAUGAGCGUCCACACAAAGUGUUCAGCGCAAUUACUUGUUCAGAGUCUUGCCAUCCAGUUCGGGGGAGAGGAACUUGAUGAGGAUUUACUAUGUCUGGAACGAUCAGACAUCUUGGCGAUCUGCCAGAACUUUGUUGUUUACAACAAUGCGCUGAAGACCAUGGAGUUCGCUCAUUUCUCUGUGAAAGAGUUUUUGCUGAGAGUAGAAGGGUUUGACGAUCGUGCCUGCUACAACAUGAUGGCCGCAAUUUGUCUAACCGCAUUACUCUUCCACAAUCAGAACAAAUUGAUGCAGGAAAUUGUGCAUUAUGCCACUCUGAACUGGAGCAUUUAUUUAACGCGCGCCGAUUGUUUAUCCCGAGUACUUUCCAAGAUGUGGAAACAGUUCCUCACUGAUUCCGUUCAAUACAGAGACUGGCUCCUCAAAAUCGGAAUUCAUACCUCCUGCAUUCAGGGUCCCGGAAGUCAGGUGCUAUCACCCUUUUGGGUAGCGUGCUACUAUAACCUCGUGGAUAUAGCUAGGGCUAUGCUUGAAAAUGGGGUUGAUGUCAAUGAGGUGAGCAGAGACGGCCAAACGCCACUUAUCAGUGCUGCAGAAAGUAACAAUACAAAUGUCGUCAAGUUGCUGCUGCAAUGUGAAAAGGUCGAUGUCAAUCUGAUGGGCAGAAACGGCCAAACACCACUUCAUAGCGCUGUACAAAGAGGUAGUACAGAAGUCGUCAAGUUGAUGUUAGCAUGUGACAAGGUCGAUGUCAAUCGGGUGGGCAGAGACGGCCGAACACCACUUCAUUGGGCUGUAGAAAGAGGUGGUACAGAGGUGGUCAGCUUGAUGUUAGCAUGUGACAAGGUCGAUGUCAAUCAUGUGGGCAGACACGGCCGAACACCACUUCAUAGCGCUGUACAAAGAGGUAGUACAGAAGUCGUCAAGUUGAUGUUAGCAUGUGACAAGGUCGAUGUCAAUCGGGUGGGCAGAGACGGCCGAACACCACUUCAUUGGGCUGUAGAAAGAGGUGAUACAGAGGUGGUCAGCUUGAUGUUAGCAUGUGACAAGGUCGAUGUCAAUCAUGUGGGCAGACACGGCCGAACACCACUUCAUAGGGCUGUAGAAAGAGGUGAUACAGAGGUGGUCAGGUUGAUGUUAGCAUGUGACAAGGUCGAUGUCAAUCAUGUGGGCAGAGACGGCCGAACACCACUUCAUAGGGCUGUAGAAAGAGGUGGUACAGAGAUGGUCAGGUUGAUGUUAGCAUGUGACAAGGUCGAUGUCAAUCGGGUGGGCAGUGACGGCCAAACGCCACUUAUCAGUGCUGCAGAAAGUAACAAUACAAAUGUCGUCAAGUUGCUGCUGCAAUGUGAAAAGGUCGAUGUCAAUCUGAUGGGCAGAAACGGCCAAACACCACUUCAUAGGGCUGUACAAAGAGGUAGUACAGAAGUCGUCAAGUUGAUGUUAUGGUGUGAGAAGGUCGAUGUCAAUCAUGUGGGCAGAGACGGCCGAACGAUAUUGACAUGGGCUGUAUCGCGCGACGAUAGAACUCUUGUCGACUUGUUGUUAGCAUGUGACAGGGUCGAUGUGAACUGCAAGGACCAUCACGGCGUGGCCCCUCUUUCUUUGGCUUUACGGACAGGCUCUACAGCAAUGAUAAAGCUAUUGUGUCAGUCGGAUAGGCUCGAUGUCAAUGCUAAUGACAAAGACGGCCAAAGAGCACUUUCAUUCGCCAUAGACAGAUGCGAUAUCAACCUCAUGAAGCUCCUCCUAGGAUUUGCCAACGUUGAUGUGAACUACAGGGUCAAUGGCGGACAAACACCACUUUUACUCGCCAUAAUGUGUGACUUAUGGUGCCGCUGUGGCCCUGUGAGGUGCACGGUAGCGUUAUCUAGGGGAUCGACAAAUGCACCAAGUGUGCGCCGACACCCUGCCGUAGAGCGUCUAGUCAGGGAAGCUACCAUUCAUCAAUACCCGCGCUACCUCCCCUUCUGGCCAGAGACGAAUUAUCCCAGGGAUGACAAUGAACAUAGACAUAGAGAGAUAUUAAACCUUCUGUUGAUGUUUGACGGAAUUGAUGUAAAUAUGGGGGACUCAAGUGGCCAGACACCUCUCAUAUACGCGGCAAGCAAACCAAACGGAUUAGGAAUUAUGAAGUUGCUACUACAGAGUAACAGGAUUAAUGUGAACUGCCAGGAUCACUGUGGCCUGACACCUCUAUUACACGCAGUCAAGAAAGGUCACACUGAAUCGGUUAAGCUUUUGUUAUCGCGUCAAGACAUCGAUCCAAACAUCGCGGACGUAUCACACCCGGGACCCCUGAGGCCAAACUCCGAUGUUGUAUCCUAA